AUGAAAACCGUUUGGUGGUUGAACAAGACUCACGCCCGAGGUGAAACCUCCCCUGCAAUCCGCUCGAGGGCACUCUCGGAAGGACAUCGGAAAGUGGGGCGUGGCGCCAUUCCCUUCCACAGGCCGCGCGGUAGUGGUGACAAGGGGGACCCUGCUGCUGCUGCUGCUGGCGCAAUCGCCCUUGAACCCGGCCUUGAGGUCGCCCUAAGCACAACCAAGCCGAGCAGCUCGAGAGCCGUCGCCAUCCAAGUGGAGCAGAAACGGGAUGCUGGGAGGCGGGCAAGAUCGAAGAGCGGAAUCUACUACGGCUGA